AGUCUUUUCCAACACUUCUUGCAAUAUUCAACAGCUAUAAACAUUCAUAUUUUAUUGAUAUUUUGGAUAUGCAGCAAGGAAAAAGUCAUUUAAUUAAUCACAAAAUGUUUUAAAUAAAUAUAAAAUGAUCACGUUUUGUUGCUGAUUUCAUAAAGUCUGUUUCAUCAUUUUAGUAGUCAUCUGAUUGUGUCUGUGUGCAUAUCGUAUUAUCUAGAGCUGGACUUUAAAUUCGCAAAAUUAUCGCAAAUUUAAAAUAAAUCAUUACUGUUGUCAAAGUGGAUAAAAUAACUUUUUUGUGUAUCAAGCUUGUGCGCCUUAAAAAAUGAUGACGUUAAGGCAUAUAAUAAUUUUAAUCAUUUGCUGUACUGCUGCAUUUUGCGAAAAAAGUGAAAAACCCAAUAUUAUUAUAAUUGUUGCUGAUGAUCUCGGAUUUAAUGACGUGAGCUUUCAUGGCAGUUUAGAAAUUCCAACACCAAACAUUGACUCGCUUUGUUAUAAUGGAGUUAUUCUUAACAGAAUGUAUACAGCUCCACUUUGUUCUCCAUCAAGAGCGUCCUUGAUCACUGGAAAGAAUAGCAUAAAGCUUGGUAAAAUAAUUAUGAUUGUUUCACUUCCAUUUCAAUUUACUCCUUAUAUUAAUACAGGAAUGCAACAUUAUGUAAUACCGUCUGAUGAACCUUGGGCACUUCCAUUGAAUGAAAAACUCAUCUCGAACUACUUUCAAGAUGCAGGUUACAGGACAGCAUUAAUUGGAAAAUGGCAUUUAGGAUUUUAUAAGCAGCAAUUUACUCCCAACUUUAGAGGAUUUUCAGACUUUUUUGGAUAUUUGGGACCAUAUAUUGGAUACUAUGAUCAUUCCUUAAUUAUGCUUGAUCGAAACUAUUCAAGAGGUUAUGACAUGCGACGAAAUACUGAACCAGAAAAUAGAACGGGAACUUAUGCUACAGAUUUAUUUACAAAUGAAGCUGUAGACUUGAUAACGAAUCAUGAUUCCGAUACUCCAUUAUUUAUGCUUUUGACACAUUUAGCUCCACAUACUGGUAAUGAAGAUAGACCAAUGGAAGCACCCGAAGAAACCAUUGUGAAAUUCAGUUAUAUAAAGGAAGAAAAAAGAAGAACACUUGCAGCAAUGGUGUCAAAAUUGGAUGAAGGAAUAGGAAAAGUUGUUAAGGCUGUUCAAGAUAAAGGGAUUUUAAACAAUACAGUGAUUCUAUUCAUGUCUGAUAACGGCGGUCCUUCCUUUGGUAUUCACUCAACAGAAAGUAGCAACUAUCCAUUAAGAGGUCAAAAAGGAGGUGUGUGGGAAGGAGCUUGUAGAGUCCCAGCAUGUAUUUACAGUCCAUUGAUUCAAUCAAAUAGAAGAAUUAGUAAUGAAUUUAUGCAUAUAACUGAUAUUCUUCCCACAAUGGCUUCAAUUGCGAAUAUAUCAAUUACUGAUAAAUCACUGGAUGGUAUCAAUCAAUGGAAAACUAUAUCAGAGAUGAAGCCAACAGAAAGGAAUGAAAUUUUAUAUCAAAUCGAAUCAGUUCUUGGCUUUAGUGGAUUGAUGAUCAAUGGAUGGAAGCUUGUAAAUGGUAGUGAGAAUCUCAAUUUUUCUGGAUGGCUUGGUGGAUCCGGAGAUUAUAUGGAAACAAGUUUUGAAGAGUAUAUUAACAUGAUAGAACAGUCAAUUGCUUUUAAAAGUCUUCCAAAGAUGGAAUCUGAAAUUAUUAAGGAACUGAUGAAAAAGGCGUCAACAAUGUGUAACAAAAACACUCCAGUCACAAAAUGUGAUCCAAAAUCUUCGCCAUGCUUAUUUAAUAUUAUUGAUGAUCCAUGUGAAAUGAACAAUCUUGCUGAGUCAUAUCCCGAAAAAGUUGAUUUUUUGCUUGCUGGUUUAAAAAGAUAUUCCGAAGUCAUGCUUCCAUCAAUACGUAAAUUCUCUGACCCAUUGUGUGAUCCUAAGAAUUUUAACAAUACAUGGAACUGGUGGAGAAAAGAUGACGCAAAUUAUGAUUUAGUUCCAGAUGUCCGAGAUAGCAUUAACAUGAAGAUCAUUCUUUGUAUUAUUGGACUGUCAUUCAUACUUACUGGAUGCUUUGUAUUAUUUGAAAUGAUGAAGAGAAAAGAACAAGCCAGACUGAGAAAUACAGAAAAAUCAAAUUGGAAACAAAUGACGUCAGGCAGUAAUUGAUUACUGUAUAAUAAAAUUUGAGGUUUCUUUGUAACGGAAAACGAAAGUGAUGAAAAAUAAAUUUGAUAAUGAAUUUUUGGCGAAUGUGUGAUAAUUAUAUGUUUUGCAUCUGUCCAUUUGUUAUUUUCACAAUAGAGAUGAAGUGUUAAUGAGUAAACAUUAUUUUAAAAUCUUUGUCAUUGUGUAAUUACAUAAAAUUGCUACAAAAACGAUAGGAGCUAACAACAUGUGUCGUGAGAAAAAUACAAAUAAAUGUUCUUGCAUGAAGAUUAUCGGAUCUAAAUAGAUUUUUGUUUUAAAUGUAAAAUUUUGUGAGACAGGGGUGUAGCUUGGCUUUGACUCCCCCUUUUUCUCCCCUCCUUUUUGAUUUUAGCGUUAUAUUGACAACAACAUUCGACAGCAUCAGACCAUCUCUUCCCUAAUCGUUGGUCAUCAUUUAUUUAUUACCACUCUCAUACUUUGAAAUGCUAGUCAUCCAUACGAUCUACAGGUAGCAUAUUAUGCAUGCAAUUUCCUUGAAAGAGACAAAAAAAUUGCCAAUGUUGUCUGGCACAAUUUGAAUGUCA